AUGUGUCCGGCAGCGAACCUCCUGGAAGGGCUGCAUGGACACCUGUUGAAGCCCAGUCCCCGGGCCAUGCUGGUGGCUGCCAGCGCUUUCCCCAGGCUGUUACAAGCCACGCCCUGCGGGCUCUCCGGUGCGGCGCGUCAGGGGUCCUCGAGCUUCCAGACAAUCCCCCAGCGGGUCCCCCAGCGGCUGCCGGGCUGGCUGAAGUGCAAGAAGCUUCGAGAAGAGCGGGGCGCCGUGGUGAGGGAGACGCACCGCCUCUACCGAAGGCUGGAGGAGCUGAUGGCACUGCAGACCCUGUGCGGCAUCUCGGUCCGCAGGCACAGGAGCCGGCUGCAGGGCAUGAGGCGCUAGCUGAGCAGGUGUGGGUGCUGGGCCGACCACAAGGAGGUGGAGCUCGUCCAGCAGAUGGGCGCCAGCGUCAAGGAGCAGCAGCAGGCCCUGUUCGACAUGGAGGCCUACUUGCCCAAGAGGAACGGGCUCUACUUGACCCUGGUGCUCGGCAGUGGGAACGUGGCCCUGCUCAGCAACUAGGCCAGUGAAUUCGCCUACAAGGACGAGUACGAGAAGUUCAAGCUCUACCUGACCAUCGUGCUACUCUGUCGGUUUGUCCUGCACUACAGGUGGCUGGGAUUGGUGAUGGAUGAGGUCUUCAACUUCCUGCUGGUGUGGUAUUACUGCACCAUUCGCAAGAGCGUCCUCAUCAGCAACAGCUCCAGGUGAAAUUAAGGCUGGUGGGUGUUGCAUCACUACGUGUCCACAUUCCUGUCUGGUGUGAUGCUGACCUGGCCGAACAGGCUCAUCUACCAGAAGUUUCGCAUCCAGUUCUUUGCCUUCUCCAUCUUUCAGAGUGACUGUGUCCAGUUCCUGCAGUACCACUACCAGAGGGGCUGCCUGUACCGGCUGUGGGCCCUGGGCGAGCGGAGCCGCCUGGACCUCAUCGUGGAGGGCUUCCAGUCCUGGAUGUGGCGCGGCCUCACCUUCCUGCUGCCCUUCCUGUUCUGUGGCCACUUCUGGCAGCUGUAUAACGCCGUCACGCUGUUCGAGCUGUCCAGCCACGAGGAGUGCCGGGAGUGGCAGGUGUUCGUGCUGGCCCUCACCUUCCUCGUCCUGUUCCUCGGCAACUUCCUGACCACCCUCAAAGUCGUGCACACCAAGCUGCGGAGGAACAGGGGUGUGCCCCAGGCGCCCUGAGCCUGCGCCCCCCCGCAGGGCCAUGGGCCUGGCUUCCGCGCCUGCCCUGCCCUGCCCGCCCACCGGCGACCCUGGCUGGCCAGCCCAGGAGCACGUCCCGGUGUGGAGGACUGACCCCAGCCUAUGAGCCAAGCGCUGGCCAGCCGCCGCUAUGACUUAGUUAUCACCCAGCCCACGCCCCGUUGCUCUGGCACUGCCCAGGCCAGCUUCCUGGGGGGCUGCAGCUCUGGGGGCCCAGUAUCCCACGCCCCCACCUGACAGCUCAGACCAGCUCCAUGUGCCUCUUGGAGCGGGACUGACCUGACCUGCUGCCCAGAGCCCUGCCGGCCCAGCAGCCUGGAGCCUCCCUCCCGUUUGCCCGCCUCUGCAGCCGCCUGCUGACCGCUCCAGGGGACCCCCGCCCUGUGCCUUGAGCACUCUGUCGGGGAGGGGGGAGCAGGCGCCCCAACACUCACUGGCUGGGGGGGGCUUCUGCCGGCCGCCACCAGGGGGCGCCCGGGCCUCCCUGAAGCCCACCCUCGCUGGCCCCCUGCGCCCUGACAGCCCUCAGAGAGCGGACCCAGCCGGUGCCUGCUUGGGCUGAGGCGUCUCCCCAGGCUAGGGCCGGCCCCGGGGCGACCUCCCGCGGGGCUUCUGCCGGCUGCUGUGCGCUCGUGCUUUGGCCCUUUAUGGGGAUUAAAAUCUUCAAACUGCAUUGGAAAAAGCGGCCUCCCCGGUGUACGCAUCCAUGCCACCACCCGGUCCCCCCCCCCAGGCUAGAAGGGGGGCCAAGCCCCGGCUGCGCCUUCCUGCUCCACGUGCU